CCACCGCGUUGACAGUCGCAUUCAGUCAGCGUGACAGUACGCGUCUUGGUGCUGUGUUUGUUUACGGGCUUUUUUGGCGAAAUUUCGGCCUUUUUCCCGAUGAAAGCGCGAUAAAACCGGUGUAGGCAAUGCGGCCCUUUCGGCACGAUCGCGCAGCGCCCUUAUCGUGACCGCAGAGGGACGAAUUCGGCCCCAAUCGCUCGGCCCGGUCGCGUCAAUGGUUUCGCAUCGAAUUCGCCAAUCUAACGGGUGUUUUAAUUGCAUAAUUCCCUAGUUUGCCGGGUUUUGCGGCCGUUCCGGACCCUGCCAGUGGCAUGGAAGAGACCUGGUGCCCCUCAGUCAGCAGCUUGUUUACGGCGCAGCGACGCUAAAGCGAAGAAACGCCAGCAAAAUGAAUGGGAUUCAUUGUUUAUUGGCGGCGAUGCUGCUAGUCAGCGCUUGGGGCGACGCAACCCUGACAGACUACGAGGACUACGACGACUACGACGAUGACGACCUGUCAGCUGUCAAUGCCACGUCAAACGGCACGCUGGCGCUGCUGGCGCCCCUGGUGAACGUCACGCGCGACCCUGGCAAAACCGCGAAGUUCGCCUGCCACGUGCACAACUCCGACCCGAACGGCACCCGCGUCAACUUCCUGUGGAAGAUCAACGAGGUACAGGUGCGGCGCGACAGUCGCAUGAAGUUCCGGCAGGUCAAGGAAAAGGACGGCAACUGGAGGUCGGUGUUAACGAUACGGAAGCUGGAGUUCUUCGACCAGGGAUUCGUCGAGUGUAUCGCGAGCAACGGCAUGGAUCGCAUCCGCGCCAACUGCUCCCUGAUCGUCACGCCGGAGGCGCCCAAGUGGGGCAGCACCGCCAUCAGUGCGCUGAACUUUGGCAACAGCGACGGCGGCGAUCUAACGACGUUUCUGCCCAGCGCCGAGGGGCGGGCGCUGGGGGGCGCCAGCGAGCCCCACAAGGCGAAGACCUUCAGUGUCCCCAUCACUUUCGACCUGGACAGCAGCGGCCGCCUAACCGACAACAGCGAGAGCGAGGGCGUGGUCUACAACGGCUCCGAGCCCUUUUGCCAGCUGUACAAGGGGCAGGUCUGCAAGACGUUCCUGGCGCAGAAGUACGUGUUCGUGCAGCCGCCGUUCACGCAGGAGGACGUCGAGAACAAGCUGUUCAACGCCUUCUCGGUGAUCACGCGCUCCAACGACAUCUCGAGCAGUUGCAGCAAGUUUGCGCAGCCCAGCAUCUGUUUCUCCGCCUUCCCGCUCUGUCUGGACCAUCGCGUGGUCGACCAGUACCAGCACAGGCACCGGCAGGAGUUCCGGCUGAUCGGCAACGAGUCGCGCCGCAAGUUCCGCAACAUCCGCAAACAGCUGACGAACAGCCUGCGGCGCGUGUGCCGCGACGAGUGCAUCCUGCUGGAGACGGAGCUCUGCAGCAAGGAGUACUCGAUCGCGAAGCGCCACCCGGUGAUCGGCCAGAUCAUGGAGCUGGAGGUGUGCGAGAGCCUGCCGGUGGAGAUGGACCCCAGUUCCAGUCACUGUCUCUCGCUGGGCGUGGGCGACUUCAAGGGCAACAAGGACGAGCAGUGCUACUGGGAUGCGGGGAAGCUGUACAGGGGCGUGCGGAACACGACAGUGACGGGCGAGCAGUGCAUCAAGUGGUCGCACCAGUUCCACCUGCUGCCGUCCGACUAUCCGGAGCUGGCGGGGCACAACUACUGCAGGAACCCCGGCGAGGCCGAGGCGGCCCCCUUCUGCUACGUGGAGAACAGCCGGACGGAGCUGUGCGGCGUGCCCAAGUGCGGUGAGUUGGCCCUGGACGUUUGGGUGGAUGCGCCUCCCCCCAGUUUAACGUUGCGUUUUUCAGUCUACGUGUUCGGGAGCUACGUGGUGGGGGUGCUGCUGGUGAUCACCAUCCUGGUGAGCCUGCUGUUCGGCUACUGCUACUGCCGCAGGCGCGGCAAGGUCGCCAGGAGCCUGCAACAUGAGUUGCCGCAGGCCAACAAGAACAUCUACGGCAACGCGGGGCCCUCCAGCCCGAUCGAGUUGAACAGCCUGCUGCCGCCAGGGGGCGUGGGCGGCGCGCAGCGCAGCCACGCCCACAGCAAGCUGGGCUACCAGAGCCUGCCCCAAUACACCUACAAGGAGGUGCGCUUCAUCAAGGAGCUGGGCGAGGGCGCGUUCGGCAAGGUCUACCAGGGCGAGCUGCGCGCCAAAGCCGGCAAAGUGUUCGUCGCCGUCAAGUCGCUGAAGGAGAACGCGUCCGCCAAGACGCAGGCGGACUUUCAGCGCGAGAUCGAGCUGAUCUCCGAGCUGAAGCACCCGAACAUCAUUUGCUUGUUGGGCGUCGUAGUCAAACAGGAGCCGAUGUGCAUGCUGUUCGAGUACAUGUCCGAGGGCGAUUUGCACGAGUUUCUGAUCGCGAACUCGCCGGAGAACGGCCAGAGUCUCGCCGACGAACAGUUCCUGGACAUUGCGGUGCAGAUCGCGCACGGCAUGGAGUAUCUGGCCGAGAACCACUACGUGCAUCGCGACUUGGCCGCCCGCAAUUGUUUGGUGUCGCGCGAUCUGGCGGUCAAAAUCAGCGAUUUUGGGCUCAGUCGCGACAUGUACUCGUGCGACUAUUAUCGCGUCCAGUCCAAGUCGCUGUUGCCGGUGCGCUGGAUGCCGCCCGAGUCCAUUCUCUACGGGAAAUUCACCACCGAGUCGGACGUGUGGAGCUACGGCGUCGUGUUGUGGGAGAUCUACAGCUACGGGCUGCAGCCCUACUACGGCUACAACAACCAGGAAGUGAUCAACAUGAUCCGCGCCCGGAAGUUGCUGCCAUGUCCGGACGCAUGCCCCAGCUACUGCUACGCCCUGAUGGUGGAAUGCUGGGCGGAGCAGGCGAACCGCCGCCCCCACUUCAAGGAGAUCGGCGAUCGCCUGCGCGUGUGGCGGCAGAGCGGCUGCACCAACGGCGCCUACUUCAAGUCGGGCGGCGCCGCCCAACCGACGCCGCAGCGCCAUCUGGCGGGCUCCGCCAAGUCGAGCCACACGUCCGACUCGCAGACUUUGUGUCCGGCCGAGCCGCCCAUCGGUUGGGACGUGGGCAAGCCGUCGUCCAGCCGAUUGCACGACAGCCAGAGCAGCCUGACGUCUGGCCGGUCGUCCAGCCUAGGCAACACGACGCAGAGCACGAACAUCAGUGGGGAGGCGCGCAGGGAGCGCAGGCGCAAGAGCAGCCGGACGGCGGAUUCGCUGGAUCGCACCAAUGGGAAGAGCACGAUGGUGAGCGCCAGCACGAGUGGGGAUAAUUUCGAGACGAGGAUCACCGAGUGAUGGGCGCAGGUGAUGGACGGGAUGGCGGAUGCGCCGACAGGCCAAAUGUGGAUGUUAUCGGGGGUGCGGCGUCUAGUCGACGCCCGGUUUGUGUAUUUUUUUUUAGGAGCGGUUUUAUUUAACAAAUUUUAUUUUUGUGGAUGUUCAUUAAUGCGUGUGCCCGUGUGAGAUUAUUAUAUACUUGAAUAAACCUUUUUGUAUUA